CGCACGUCGCUGUGGAGAGUUUUUCAGUGUUGAGCAGCAAGAGCGGUCGUCGUCGCGGUUUUUGGCUUGUGCAAGCAAAAGUAAAUAACGAGGCAAAGGUGUGCGAAAUUGUGCGUGUGAUUUUCCGAUACUACGCAUCUUGGGUCGGGUGCUACGGUGCACGCGUUUUAUUUUACGUAAGUGACCGGGCCAGGAUCAAGGAUCACCGGGGACGUUUCGGAAGUUUUCGGUAAAAUUGACUCGGUUUCUUCCUGUUCUUUAUUUCGGUUUUUGUGCCCUCUCUUGAUAUUAUAUAUUCCGUCAAUUUGAACGGUGAAGGUCUUCUUUCUCCUCUUGCCGAUUAGCAUUAGUGUGUUGCGGUUCUUCGUCGUCGAGAUCUGCUGCCACCCAUACAAAGGACCAAGGCUAGGGCAGACUCACGUGUGAGAGUGUGGAGAGAAUACACAAAGUGUGCAUGAAAUGUGGUGAUGAGAAGUGAGACGAGCUCAUGUGAGUCGAGUUGUGAGAAAGUGAGCGGUGAGACAGUGAGAUCCGAUGGUGAAGAGUGUAAUCUACUGGAAUAAUAAACUUGGUGAUUUUUAAGCGCCUGAUACUCUACGUCGUCGUCGCCGUCACCGCCGGUUCGCUAUAAUUAAAAUGUCAAUAUCCAGUUGACAUGAGGAGUUACGAUCGACUUCGGCAACAUCGGCACAACAGUAGCAGCAGCAUCAGCGAACGAAACAAGUUUUCAGCAGCAGGUCUCGCGCUGCGAAUUGGGUCUCCGUGAACCCCAUUGACUGGUUGGGCGGUUUGGUUGGGACGAGGAGAAGUUCGUGAGGUUGUAAGACCGGUUGCUGGCAGAACUUGGAGCGAUCGAAGGAUCUCCAGCAGAACUUCCAGCACGGGGGACGGAAGGAGAGGAGCGCGCCUGCUGCUGCUGCAACAAGUCCGGCUCGUGAAGACCGGCUCGCGGUCUACAAGUGCUUGUACGGGUCCGCGUUGAGCGUGUACUGGUGAAGAGAGAGAGAGAACAGUGUUGGGUUGGUGUUUGUGAGGGCAACAGUGCAGCGAAUACAGUGUGAAGAAGAGUGAGAGCGCGCGCGAGAACGUGAGAGGAGAGAACGUGGUGUUGAAGAAGCUCCUGGCCGCAGCUAUGAGAAACCGGUGGUUCAGUUCAGUAUUCUCCGGCACGCUGCAAAGUUGUUGUACCUCCUCCAAGUCGUCGGCGUGUGAGUAGUGUAGAGGAGGAGGUUGGUGUAUGUGUGCACGCGCACCCCGGUGAGUGUGUGAUGGUGUGGGCAUGUUAGAGAAACCUGAAUGGCUAAUAAGAAACACCGCCGCGGUCGCCGUCGCUGUCGAGGUGCAAAAGUGAAGCUGUUCUAUUGUCAGGGAAGACGGGAUUUGCAGUGUCCGUAGCAGCAGUAGCAGCAGCAGCAGCAGCAGCAGCAGUAGCAGUAGAAGUAGCUGCAGUGUCGAGUCCAGUCUCUCGAGUGCUUAGUGGAGUUAUGACGGGGAGAGUUCACAGGAAGAUACCGUUCAGCUACUACGCGUAAAGUAGCGCAAAGGAAGCUACAAGAAACUCGCUCCGCGAUUGCCAUUCCGAUAAGAAGUUCGAGUUCGGUUCGAGUCGGUGAAGAGAUCCUCUCCAGUGGAGUGUUCGAUUCAGCAUUCGAUGCGUUCGAACCUAGAUGUGCAAGAGUGUUCAAGGAUCAACGAAAGAAGCAAGUGUGUGAUAUAGAAAAUCUCUAGCUGACGACCACUGAGCUUGGCCAGCGGCCAGCAGUGGAUUCGAUUGUGUGUAUUCCCACCGAGAAUCACCAUAAAAAAGUAUCAAGAGUGUGCCAUUGUGGGAAGAUAUCCAGAAUAGAAGGAAGGAAGUUCAAUUGCUGUAAAGUGUCGACGGUGUUAGGAAGAAGGAAGAAACGGAGGGAAGCUGGUGUGUAUGGCCAGCAGCAGUCUGUCGGCGACAAAAAUGACCAACCCGAUUCGGGGGCUCGUCAGCAAGCGGCGCAUUCGGUACACCCAGGAUGGGUUCGAUCUGGAUCUCACAUACAUUAACGAUCGGAUCAUCGCCAUGGGCUACCCGGCCGAGCACAUGGAGUCGAUCUACCGCAACAAGAUCGAGGACGUGCAGCGGAUGCUCGAGAGGAACCACGCCGGAUGCUACAAGAUCUACAACCUGUGCUCGGAGCGCAGCUACGACCACAAGCGCUUUCCGUACUACUCGGUGUACCCCUUCAAGGACCACAACCCACCGGACAUCGAGCUGAUCACGUCGUUCUGCCGGGACGUGGACGAGCACCUGCGGGCCAACGGCAAAAACGUGGUGGCCGUCCACUGUAAAGCCGGCAAGGGCCGGACAGGCACCAUGAUCUGCUGCUACCUGCUGUACAGCCGGCAGUUCCAGACGGCGGACGAGGCGCUCCACUAUUACGCACAGCGACGCACAAGCGACGCCAAGGGCGUCACCAUUCCGUCCCAGCGGCGGUACGUUGAGUACUACGCCACGCUGCUGAGGAGCAACGAAACCUACCAGCCGGUGCAGCUUUACAUCUGCGAGAUCCGGCUCACGGGGACGGUCAACAUCCGGGAGGGCACGAUCAACGUGUCCGGCGAGACGCCCAAGCCGCUGCCCGAGUUCCGGCGGACGGACGACACCGGGGGUGGUGGAGGUGGUCUGGUUGGCGGGCAAUCGCCGCCGUACACGAUGCUGGCCAAGAUGGACUACUGCAUGCCGCUGUCCGGUGACGUGAAGAUCGAGUUCGUCAAGAGUUCGGUGCUACGGAAGGAGAAACGGUGCCACUUUUGGUUCAACACGUACUUUGUGGAGCGAGCCGCCAAGAAAGACGCCGAAGGAAACCUCUUGCUAACUCUUAGCAAAACGGAAAUCGACGACGCUCACAAGGACAAGCACCACAAGGAGUACCCUAACAACUUUUCGGUCGAACUCGUGCUCCGGAGGGUACCGAACGGCAGCAAAUAUUCGGAGAGUGUGAGUCUGAAAAAAUGCCAUCCACCACCGAUGCACCAGCAGCAUCAUCAGCAGCAGCACCCGCUCCACCCGGUGGGCCUCGCCAUGACCAACAACAGUUCCCCGCUCAUCCGGUCCAGCUUGGAGAACAACCGGCAAGUCCCACCGCCGCACCACCAACAGCCUCCCCCGUUGUCCUAUCAGCACCACAUUGCCCAGCAGCAACAGCAGCAGCAGCAGCAGUACCAACAGUCGAUUCACCGGUCGCAAGUUGGCGGUGAUCCGUACCGGGCGGCGAUGAUCAAGCAGCAAAACAGCUACAACGAGGGCGGUGGCGGUGGUUAUCUGGGGCAGCAACCGUUGCAGAACAAUCACAACCAGCAGCAGCAGCAGCAGCUUCAGCACCACCUGGAGUACUCGGGCACGUCCAGCUCGGAGUCGUCGACGGAGGAGGAAGGAUGGGAUUCCGGUGAGUGUCCAACGCAACUACUAGAAUCGCCUGCGAAAGCGGCAAACUUGUUAUAUUAUCGAAACGAUAACUAUUACUACGGUAGCUGUAGUAGCAGCAGUCCCACCUCCUCCGGCCCCUCCUCGUCCGCAUCACAUCCCAAUCCCACCGCUACAACCACCACAACCGCAAUCUCCACGGUCAGCUGUAACAGUAGUAGUAGUGUCAGUAAGAUCCGUGAACCGAGCGUCGCGGAAAGCGCUAGUAACAGUAGCAGUAGUGGUAAACUUAGUCAUAAUGCUGUCAGUAGUUCAAACUUAAACCAACCAUUAGCUAAUACAACAACCAUCAGCAGCAGCAGCAGCAGUAAUAGAAGUAGCAUUAAGCCUGCCGUAGUAGUGCCUGAACCCUUUAAACCUCCCCGUGCAAGCAACGGCAAGCUUCCCGUAGAACCGCUAACAGCCGUUGCUUGUCCCUCUACCUCUUCUGCUAACGCUAACGCCUCCGCUUGGCCCUCUAUCGGGUUGCGACGGAAGAAGAAGAAAUCCUUCAAAUCGACUUCCGCGCGAAACUUUGCCCUGGCCACGAGCGCUUCCGUCGCUUCAGCUUCCACCAAAUCCGGCAAGGGUCGCUUCCGUUCGUUCCGCUGGCUUAAGAACAUGCGCGGCGAUCCUAACCUCAAAAAGGUCCUCGCAACCAGCGGUGACAUCGUGACGCUCACGAACGCCGGCCGACCCGUUGAGGAACCCGAUCCGACUAUUCCGUCGACGCCCCCUCCCAGCCCGACGAUAAACGCCCUCAUCGUAAACGCCACUGAACGGUUCCUCUCCUCGUCCGGCGAAAAUCUUCUCUCAUUGGACUAUUACUCGUCAAUUUGUGAUAAACAGCUUAGCUUCGAGUCCCCGUGCAAAAGCCCAGGAUAUCUGAUGAAGCUGAAUCUCUCCCGGCGGCCCCCCGCUCCUCCCCCCUCCGAACCCGACUGUCCCGUCGUGGUCGCCAAGCCCAGCGAGCAACGGCUCAAAAUCGGCUUCGACGUGACGCCCUCCCCCAGCCCCACCAGUCCGCAGUCAGACAACCCGUUCGUCGUCGUAACGACCAGCGAGCCGGACCCGCAACUCCUCAACCCGCUUCCCCCCACCACCAGCAAAGCCCACAACCUGGUUCCGCGCUCCGAAAAUGCCAGCUUCUGCGACCGCAUCUUGCAAACGUUCGUCGCCGGCAUCAGCCCCCGCAAGUCUUCCGCCGAACACGACCUCCAAGUCCCACCGCUUCCCGCCAGCUCCAGCAGUACUCACAACAGCCCGCUGGUGGCCCGGGCCGUCAGCCGUUGCUCGUCGUUUUCGCUGCGCGAGCUUGGCCAGGAGCUGCGAUCGGUCAUCAAGGCGCAACCCGCGGCCUCGGCCAAACCUCCGGCAUCCAACCCGGAAGAACCUCCGAAGAAGGAGUGACCCGCCCCAUUCCUUCCCCGCCCUUCUCUACACCCGCGGCUGUGCUACGUGUGAAUGCAUGAGUGUCCUUUGUGUGCGUGCGUGUUUUUUUUUCUGUAUGUGUGAGCGCCCACCCCCCAGUUUAUGACGUAGUAAUUUAGUAGAACCAAAUUAGGAACAUUUUUUUCUGUUUGUGCACACAAAUUUACGUCUGUCGAAUGAACGAGAUAUAUGGAACAACUUAAUUGGAAGGUUCGGUUUAACGUUUAAGAGAUUUUUAGUUCUAUUAUUUUAUUUUGUUGUAGCCGUUAAGAACCUUUUAUACAUCACUAUUAUUAUACACGAGAUGAGCAACAAAAAAAAGCUGAAUAAGAACAAUUUUGUCCACAAAGAA